AUGCCCAAGCGCAAGCUCUCUGAGUUCAACGGUCCCUCGCGACUCGACACCCGCAAAUUGUCGAUCAAAGCCGUCCGGCUCACUACUAAGUUCGAACAAGGCGUACAAAUCCUCGCGAAGGGCCUGAAGACCGCGCGCGGCUUCGAGAGGCAAAAACUCAGUCGACGUGAGAAGACUGCCAAAUCUGAAGGCAAUGCUGCGACGUUGGCGAGGUUGGCGGAGGAAGUGGACGCAUUGAAGGCUAUCGACUACCCAAUCACAGCAGAGCGAUAUUUAUUCAAACAACUCGUUAAGACAAAGCGGAUUGCCGAAUCACCAACUUUCAAGGAAUUUCAAGAAGCCAAGAAUGUAUCGACCGAGGGUCCGAAGAGCGCCGCCGAGUCCAAUGUGCAUGGCCGACUAUUCAAGUCCACGCCCGUGAAAAACGUGAUGCCCGAAAUUAUGAAUGGGAUCCGGAAACUCUUGGGAGUGGAAGAUGCGCCCGCAGGGAAGUCGGACAAGACUAGUGCUAAGAAGGAUGCGCCUAAGAAGGAGAAACCCGCAGCUAAACAAGACGAUAUCUCCGGGUCAGAAGAAGAGGAAGUACAACCGAAGAAGUCAACGAAACCAUCGACAGACAGCGACGAGGAAGUAGAGUCUGCCGACGGACGAGACUUGAUCGCCUCUGGCGACGAGGAGUUUGACAGCGAAGACCUCGCACAAUUCGAUGCCCGCCUAGCCCCAGGUUCAGAUUCCGAGGAUGAGUCAGGAUCAGACGAUGACAUCGAGAACGCGCACAAGCAAGACCUGGCAGACGACAUCUCAGACUCAAUCUCCCGCUCUCCAUCCCCAGACUUCUCCGCCGAGGACUCACCACCAUCCAAAAAGGUCAAAGCAGCCAAGGGCUCUAAAGAACCCGCGCAAAGCACCACAUUCCUUCCAUCGCUUAUGAUGGGUGGUUACUGGUCUGGCUCCGAGGAGGAGGCCACCGACGACGAAGCAGCUGCCGGUCCCCCCAAGCGCAAGAACCGCAUGGGUCAACAAGCCCGCCGAGCGCUCUGGGAGAAGAAGUAUGGUGCCAGAGCGAACCACGUCCAGGAGGAGCAAAGGAAACAGAAGCGGAGUCGAGAUAGUGGAUGGGAUACUCGUAAGGGAGCGACGGGUGGUGAUCGUGGUGGGCGAGGCGGCGAUCGCGGUGGAAGGGGUGGCUUUGGUGCAGGGCGGCCUCAGAACCGUUAUGAUGACCGCUCGGGCGCUGGGCAAAGUUAUGCCAACAACCCUAGGAAUCCUCCUAAGGAUACUGGGCCAUUGCAUCCGUCGUGGGAGGCCAAGCGGAAGCUCAAGGAGCAGGCAUCUACGGCGACGUUCCAGGGAAAGAAGGUUGUAUUCGAUUAG